GCCACCGGAGGUUUGUUCUCGCUCUGUCGCUCUCGCCUGCACUCAGACAGAGGAAAGAAGAGCCGCAAAAGGAACAAAAAUGGUUCAACGACUGACUUACCGUACACGGCACAGCUAUGCCACCAAAUCCAACCAGCACCGCGUCGUCAAGACUCCCGGUGGGAAGUUGGUGUAUCAGAGCACCAAGAAGAGGGCAAGUGGGCCCAAGUGCCCUGUUACUGGAAAGAGGAUCCAAGGGAUUCCUCACUUGAGACCUGCUGAAUACAAGCGGUCUAGAUUGUCUAGAAACCGUAGAACUGUGAACCGUGCAUAUGGAGGUGUAUUGUCUGGAGGUGCAGUUAGGGAGAGGAUAAUUCGAGCAUUCCUGGUUGAAGAGCAAAAGAUUGUGAAGAAGGUUCUUAAGAUCCAGAAGGCAAAAGAAAAGCAAGCUGGAAAGAGCUAGGAAAUUGGAUUUCCAUGACAUUUACUCUCAUUCGGAUAACUAGAUUUUGUUUGAGGGAAAUUUUGGUGAGAUUAUGACAAAGAUCAAAUGUGGGACCAAAUUUCAACCUUUCUAUUUUACUUUGUUUGAUUCUGAUAGUUGAGUACUUCCCUUUUCACUUUGAAGAAAGAACAAUUGCUAGUAUUUUGUUUUUCUGAUAGCUUAUGAAUAUUUUUGUGUAUCAUCCAGCUAUUUCCUUGUUUUUCCUCCCCAUGAUCCAUCAUCAUGGAGAAGAAUAAUGGGUAUUGUACCUU